AACCGUUCUGUUGGAAAACCGAGAGACGUGAAGCGAAGCGGCGGAGGGGCAGAGAAACUCACAGGCACCGGCACCAGCGUCUGCAACAAAGCUUGCCAUAAAAGUGAAUGAGAGCGUGAAUAUCCACCUCCAGACAGUGAGUGAACAAACCGCCUCGUUAUCAGCCGGAGUGCCGCAGACAAGACGCGCAGAUGGACACCAGGAACACCACUGAAGACAAACCUGUCCAGCGAUCUAAGUCUUUCAGCUUUAAGACCCAAAAGGAAGUGUGUUCAUCAUGUGACAAGACGGUCUACCCAAUGGAGAGAUUGGUUGCCAACAACCUGGUCUUCCAUUCAACAUGCUUCUGCUGCAAGCACUGUAACGCCAAACUCAGCCUUGGCACCUUCGCAGCUCUUCAGGGUGAAUUUUACUGUAAACCCCACUAUCAGCAGCUGUUCAAGAGCAAAGGCAACUACGACGAGGGCUUCGGACGCAAACAGCACAAAGAGCUCUGGGCCUCCAAGGACUCAGAUAAUAUAACAAAGACAGCAUAAUAAUCAUGUCUGCCUGUGUCCCAUCCCAGCCCUGCCUCUCCCUUUUCCUUCUCCUAACACCUCCAAUACAUCACGAUGAACACAUGCCGCAUAGGCUGGGGGCACUGCUAAAUCACCCACUCACUCGCUCGCUUUUUACAUGCCAUCAGAACAGAUACAUGCACAAACAGCUAGGAAAUGACGGGCAAAUCAGAGUCCAUACCACAUAAAAAAUUAAUUUUGGGGAAAAUAUUUAGGAUUUGAUUUUAUUGAUAGCUGUAUUUUUUAAUUUUUAUUUUCCAGUUUCUUAUUUGGAAUUGGUAGUUGAUUGUGACCAAAAGCCUUCUCUGAUAUGGGGAGUCUAAUAAAAAUAAUAAUCACUUUUCUUUUUUAUUCCUUUUAAUGAUUUGCACCCUUUUUAUUUUAUUUUAUUUUUUAAAAUAAGUAAACUGUAUGCUCAGGCAAACAUAUCAGAGGGGUUACAGAGCAUCAAUGUUUUGCAGUAGAGCAUACACUCAGGUCAAUUUCCACAAAAAAAGAUUGCAUAGUUUCACUCAUUUUUAACAAUACAACACAAAUCAAAAUAAUAGUCCUCAGUAUUGUAACUUUGAUGUCAGUUUGUCAGGUUUCAUAUAUUUGAGGAACAAACAGGGUACAGAGUACUGUAAAAUAACUGCGCACAUCAGCAACAGCUCACCUCUCGUGUUUUUGUGUUUAGUUUUAUUAUUGUUCGCCUCAUCCCAUGGUUUGUUCUUUUAUUGACCACUUUGAGUCUUAUCCUUGCAUGUUGAGAUGAGUGGGUCUUAAUAGCCUUAUCUUAUUCUGACUGACUGUAUCGCUCUUUGGUGUUGUGAAUGAUUUGUUUUAUUAGUUUUCAUUGAUAGCAAACCACUUUUGAAAGUUUUUAAAAGCACUUGAGUUUGGAUUUGAUUGAUGUCACGGCAUAAGUUGAUCCUCGCUGAGCUUUUAUGGUGGAAAUUUUAAUGGAAUUCUCAGAUUGUGUUUUGUAUACUAUCUGUACAUAGAGCUGUCGUUCGUGAUUAGUGAACAUUCCCCGUCACACUGUACUCCCGUCCUGCACAGAACGACCACACGUGCUCACCGGACAAGAUGUUGAUAAUCACAGGGAAACUGAGGCCUCGUUCGUCAACAUCCCUCACUCCUUCGUAUGAAACACUUCAAGAGGAGCUCUAAACGUUUUUGUUAAAUUCCUUACUACAGUUACGUUUCUGUGUCACCAAUGAGGGUGUUGAUGGUCAGAGCUUAAGCCUUGCAGGAAAUCACACAGUUUUGUUCCUUCGUCAUGUCACACUUGAUAGUUGUUGGCGUCUUGUGAUGAUUUUUCCCCCUGCUGUAUUUGAGUGUGUUCGUAUAACUGGACGUGUAACUUUUUAAGGGCACGUAGACAGAUCCAAUUACAGUGUCUUGAACAUCCAUGGCUAUUUGCAACCCCACCCCCACCCCCACCCUAUCCCAUCCGAUAAGCGUGGACAGGUUUCCUUUUUAGAUAAAUGCCUUCCUGUUCUCAUCUCCUUAUUCGCUAAAUACAUCUUAGCACAUGGACCUAUUUCUUAAUAUUGAACUUACAGUAGGUGUCUGAGGGUUUGGUGUUGGUCCCCUGUUGUGCUCCUGCAUGCUGCAUGCUAAACCCAGUGCAGAGCAGCCCCUGCUGGGGAAAGUGUGACAGUAGCGUCUAGUGUGAGAGGAAGAUAAAUAACUUGACCAUGAACUCAACGUAGCCUUUCUUUCAAAGUUUUGGAAUACUUGCCUGGUCUGCAGUGCAGCUACUGCACUCCAGACACUUUUUAUCUUAUUCAAUUCACCUUAAAAGAAGUUAACCCAGUUAGACAAGAUUUCCACAUCUAUAUUUCAUUCUAUACAAAGAAUGAGUCUAAAGCCAUUUAAAUAUCUCAUUUUAGAAAAUGUCUGAAUACCGCUGAGACUUGACUGACACUUGAAUGACACAAAGAACUGUUUGUGACGGAAAGUUUACUGUGAAUUUGAGCAUACUGUGCAGAAUAGAAGGUUAUACUAAAACUUUUUUUUUUCGUAAGAGAAGCCUUAGAAAGAAGUAUCUGACCUUACUGCUUUUUCAAACAAGACUUGAGUGCACAGAUCUAUACAAAGAAAUCUCCUGAUCAUGCCUUUUCAAAAACAGACCUGCUUACUCUACAGCCCAAUUCUUUAACAUAGGAUUACUUCACUCAACCAGCAGCCAUUUUUCCGAUCUAACCACUUUUUUUCCACAUUUAAUGUCAAAUAAUUAUAAUUCUACUGUGUGUGUGUGUGUGUGUGUGUGACAAUUUAUUGUUUAAUUUGAAUAUGGUCCUCUGGGUCCCUGAAAAUGCUUUAAAAUCAAGCGUCUUGUAUCUAGAAAUGCUGUCUUUGUCAUUCUCUGUUAGCAGUUCGCCAAGGUACAACUGCUGAAUCUGUGAAUUGCAACUUCUGAGUGUAACAGAGCAGAAAAGGUACAUUUUACACUGGUGCCAAGAGGCUCAGGUGAAUGCUUGCAGUGUAACGUUUUAAAUGUUAAACCUGUGAGUCAUUCCACUUUUUGUGCUAAACUUGAUGUGGACUUAUUUUUCAAUGCUGUUGUCAGAGACAUUUUAAAUGUAUGCAUCUUUGAAAAUGUAUUCUGUAUUACAGACUUGACUUGUGGAUUGAGGUGGCCUUACAGCAAAAGGACGUUUGGACUGUGUAUGCAGUCUUUCUCCUCUAUUCUCCCUUAUCUUACUUAGUUGUGGUAUGGAAGUGUAACAUUUUAAAAAGUAAGCCCCCUUUCUACUCCUAUGUACACAAUCAUUUUGUGCAUUUUCUUUCUUUUAAUUUUUUUUUUUUACAUGCUUUUGGAGAAAAAAAUAAAUGCUGGUGUUGAUUUAAUGCA